GUGUGGGAGAGUGAAUAUAUACUUUGGGAGAGUGGAGAGAUAGUGUGGAGUAGUGGAGAGAUAGUGGAGAGAUACUGUGGGAGAGUGGAGAGAAAGUGUGGGAGUAUGGAGAGAUAGUGUGGGAGAGUGGAAAGAUAGUGUGGGUGAGUGGAGAGAUAGUGUGACAGAGUUGAGAGAUAGUGGAGAGAUACUGUGGGAGAGUGAAGUGAUAGUGUGGGAGUGUGGAGAGAUGGUGUGGGAGAGUGGAGAGAUAGUGAGGGAGAGUGGAUAGAUAGUGUGACAGAGUGGAGAGAUAGUGGUGAGCUAGUGUGGGAGAGUGGAGAGAUAGUGUGGGAGCGUGGAGAGAUAGAGUGUGAGAUGUGGGAGAGUGGAGAGAUAGUGUGGCAGAGUGGAAAGAUGGUGUGGGAGAGUGCAGACAUAGUGUUUGAGAGUGGAGAGAUAGUGUGACAGAGUGGAGAGAUAGCGUGGCAGAGAGGAGAGAUGGUGUGGCAGAGUGGAAAGAUGGUGUGGGAGAGUGCAGAGAUAGUGUGGGAGAGUGGAGAGAUUGUGUAUACUGUGGGAGAGUGGAGAGAAAGUGUGGGAGUAUGGAGAGAUAGUGUGGGAGAGUGGAAAGAUAGUGUGGGUGAGUGGAGAGAUAGUGUGACAGAGUUGAGAGAUAGUGGAGAGAUACUGUGGGAGAGUGAAGUGAUAGUGUGGGAGUGUGGAGAGAUGGUGUGGGAGAGUGGAGAGAUAGUGAGGGAGAGUGGAUAGAUAGUGUGACAGAGUGGAGAGAUAGUGGUGAGCUAGUGUGGGAGAGUGGAGAGAUAGUGUGGGAGAGUGGAGAGAUAGUGUGUAAGUGUGGAGAGAUUGUCUAGGAGAGUGGAGAGAUGGUGUGGGAGAGUGGUCAGAUAGUGUGGGAGAAUGGAGAGAUAGUG